AUGAGACCUAAGGAUGACUUUGACAACGAUGAUUACGAGACGAUAGGAUCACUUCCACAGGAUGAUCCCCGUCGGACAGAGCGCCCGCUCACCCAAGACGAAGAGGAUGACGAUGACGCACCGCUAGACCUGCAGCCUCUGACCGCCGAUUCUUUGCGCGCUCUGCGGCGGCUGUCUCGCUAUAAGGCCGGACCUGAUAAGUGGCCAAUGAGACGACGGGCGGCAGUACUCGUGGCGCUGUUUGCAGGCAGACGAGGACAUCUGCGUGUUGUCCUGUCUACUCGAGCAGCAGAUAUGCGCGCACAUCCCGGCGAAGUCGCUCUACCAGGAGGCAAGAUGGAGUCGGCAGAUCUCGAUCUCGCCUAUACUGCAAGAAGAGAGGCUUUUGAGGAGAUCGGUCUACCCGUCAACACGCAUUCGGUGCGGUACCUCACGAGCUUACGACCGUUCCUCACCCGGUCGUGUCUGAUUGUCACCCCCGUCGUCGUAUUCGUUCUCGACUCGUCGAUACAAAGCAAGCUCAACCCUGCUGAGGUCUCUGCUGUCUUUUCGCAUCCGCUGCAAGGUUUCAUACAGAACACCCCUCAAAGCCAUGUCACAGAUGUCGUUCCACCCCUUGUUGCGCAAGGAAAGAAGCCGUACCGGAUGCAAUACGAUAUGCCGUGGUACAGAAACGCGCCCUACAGGAUGCAUCGCUUCGAGAACGCUCGUCAGCAUAUCAUUGGUUUCACCGCUGAUAUACUGAUUGAAGUGGCGACGAUAGCUUACGGCUCGCCUGACUUUGAGCGACGAGCGCCCGGACAGCUCUCGAGGCGAAAGCUCAUCUCCCAUGCACUCCACCACGAAGAUGUCUUUCUGCCGGCUGCUACAUCCGAACGUCAGACACCACACGAUCGGCGAAGUCGGCUAUGA